UCUGUUGGCCACAUAUUCCCAACAGUGGAGCAUCCAGGAGACAAAGGGCUCACCUGGAUACCGCCUGAAAAUCUUUCACAGAACUUGCAGCUCAGUCAGGGAAACGUUUUGGGUGGUUACUGACACUUCUGUGAUGUUUGCCUCAUCCAUUGCCUCAUUGGCUCCGUGUCUUCUGUUAACUCCACCGGCUCCUCCCAACCCCCCACCUUCUUCCUGCUUGGCAUUCCUGGGAUGGAGAAGGAGCAGUUCUGGAUUGCCUUCCCCUUCUGCAUCAUGUACGUCAUAGCUGUGCUGGGGAACAUCAUCCUUCUCAUCGUCAUCAAGACAGAGUCAAGCCUGCAUGAGCCCAUGUACCUCUUCCUGGCCAUGCUGGCCUUCACUGACCUGGUCCUCUCUACAUCCAUGUUGCCCAAAAUGCUCGCCAUCUUCUGGCGGGGCUCUGGGGAGAUUGGCUUUAUUUCCUGCCUUGUUCAGUUGUUCUUUGUCCACAACUUCACCGCAGUGGAGUCAGGUGUGCUCAUGGCCAUGGCCUUGGAUCGCUACUUUGCCAUUUGCCAUCCCCUGCGGCACUCCAGCAUCCUCUCCAUGCCGGUGGUGGCAGCUCUGGGGAGCCUGGUGCUGCUGCGUGGAGUCCUCAUGGUGAGUCCUGCCUGUUUCCUGCUCCGUAGGAAGGACUUCUGCCAUCAUCGUGUCAUCUCCCAUUCCUACUGUGAACACAUGGCCGUGGUGAAGAUGGUAUGUGAGGACACCAGAGUCAAUGCUGCUUAUGGACUCUUUGCAGCUUUUGCAGUGAUGGGAUUUGACCUUGCAGUGAUCGCUGUGUCCUACACUAUGAUCUUGAGGGUGGUACUGAAGCUGUCAGCCUCAGACACACAGCUGAAGGCCUUUAAUACAUGUGUAUCCCACGUCUGUGUCAUCCUUGCGUUUUAUGUCUCUGCCCUCUUCACAGUCCUCACCCACCGUUUUGGACACAGCAUCCCUCAUCAGAUCCAUAUAUUAGUAGCCAAUAUCUACCUUCUGUUGCCCCCCACAUUAAACCCCAUCAUUUACGGGGUCAGAACCAAGCAACUCAGGGACAAGAUAGCUGUCCUCUUCCAGAGGAGGGGAAUCUGA